AUGGCGUGCCCUCAUGCAACAAGAGCAGCAGCUUACGUUAAAACAUACCAUCCAGAUUGGUCUCCUUCUGCUAUAAAGUCUGCUCUUAUGACCACUGCUUUCGCUAUUAACAAUACGAAAAAUUCUGAUGCUGAAUUUGCUUAUGGGUCUGGUCAAAUUGAUCCGGUGAAGGCUCUAAAUCCUGGUCUAGUUUAUGAUGCACAUGCAGAUGACUACGUCCAAUAUUUAUGUGGUAUGGGUUACGACUCGUCCAAAGUGAAGCUCAUUACAAACAGUACCUGUCCCGGCGGAAGAACUACACCCCAUCAACCUAGGAAUCUGAAUUAUCCUUCAUUUGGUGCUCAUGUCGAAGAGGGAAAAAAGAUCAACUUAAAGUUUACAAGAACUGUGACCAACGUAGACACCACAAGUUCAACGUAUAAGAUGAAGAUUACAUCGGAUGACAGAAUUACGGUUGCAGUGGAACCUCAAGUUCUUUCUUUCAAGUCAUUGAACGAAAAACAGUCUUUUGUUGUAAGUGUUGUUGGAGAUGGAUUGGGUUUUGAUGAAAUGGCAACUGCAUCACUGGUGUGGUCUGAUGAGGUUCACAAUUUGAGAAGUCCUAUUGUUGUAUAUUCACAGUCUAUACUCUAA